AUGGGCCUCCUUCAUGAAGCUCGUAUCUUCUUCAUUGGGGAAAAACCUGAGACGAAAGCGGAACGUCGGUUGUUGCUCAAGAUCGAUACUUUCAUCCUGUCUUAUGUCUGUUUGACGCAAUGGGUCAACUAUAUCGACCGAGCCAAUUUGGCCAAUGCCUACGUGUCAGGAAUGAAAGAAGAAUUGAAUUUCAAAGGAAAUCAAUACAAUCAGGCCGUGUCGAUCUUCACCGCUGGUUACAUCGUUGGAGGUAUUCCCAACGCUUUGAUCGUGUCCUCUAAUAGAAUCCGACUCUCCUUCUGGUUCCCAUUCUGUUGUAUGAUGUGGGGUAUUUUGACUUUGGGACUGGGCUUCUGUCAUCAUGUUUACCAAGUCCAAAUCAUUAGGUUCUUCCAGGCCAUCUUCGAAUCGUCAUCUUUCGCUGGUUCUCAUUAUAUCCUCGGAGCUUGGUAUAAACCGAGCGAAUUAGCCAAACGAUCUUGUCUCAUUACUGCAGCUGCUAAUGGAGGGUUCUUGUUGUCGGGUGUGCUUCAAGGAGGAAUCCAAUCGACUUUGGACGGGAAAGCUGGUUUAGCCGGUUGGCGUUGGUUGUUCAUCAUCGAUAGUUUGAUCACUGCUCCUAUUUGGAUCAUCGGUUUCCUUACUUUCCCAGACACGCCAUACAACACGAAAGCAUUUUACAUCAACGAAGAGGAAAAGAGACAAGCAGUCGAACGUCUUCCUCCUCAUACUCCUACCAAAGUGACCUGGGGAGUAUUUUUGAAAGUUGUCAAAGAAUGGCGUUUCUGGGCAUUUGCAACUAUGUUUUCAAUCAACACCAACAUGGAAUUCGUCGGUCUUUACUGUAAACCCAUCCCUGUCCUGAAAGCAAUCAUGUCUCUAUGGCUCAAGUCGACCGGAACAUACACCAUCCAGCAAAUUAAUUAUUAUCCUUGUGGGGUGUAUGCAGUCAUCAUCGCGGGUACAGCGUUCUUCGCCUUGUGGACAGAUUAUGUUCAUUCGCGUUGGUGGGUCAAUUGUGUGAUGCCUGUCGGAGCUGGUCUUUCUGCGAUUUUAUUAUUGGUAUGGGAUAUUCCUACUGGUGCUAAAUUCUUCGCCUAUUAUAUAGGAGGUUUAGGUUAUAUUGGUCAAGCAGUCAAUUUCGCAUGGGCAAAUGAGGAAUGUAGAGAGGAUGAUCAAUUAAGAUCAUUAACACUUUAUUCCAUGGUAUAUGGUAGUAACGUCACAAUCGCCUGGUUCAACAUCGCUCUUUUCCCUGUGACCCAUGCUCCAAAGUUCAGAAGUGGUCUCAUCGCUGUCAUAGUGACAUGCGUCAUCUCCCCUCCUAUGGCCAUAGCUCUCCGUUGGGCACUCAAGAAACGUCAUGCUAGACUUGAUCGUGAACAAGCAGAAUUCACCAACGAAGUCUCUGGAACGGAGGUAUUUGACGAAAAAGCUGCGUUAGGGAAAGAGGGCGAACCUUUAGCUAGAAUCACUACAAUUCCCGUUUUGCCUUAA